AUGGCUGACGAACCUACCAACUGGGAAAACUACAAAGCCUACACCGACCAUGCCCAUGCCAAAUUUAGCCGGCAUGCCGCCCGCAUUGACAUUCCGCGCCGCCGCGAGCUCAAGCUCGACGCUAUCGCCGACCGUCUUGUUCGCCUCGGCGUCCGCGCCGACGAAUACAACCUUAAGCUCGCCCACGGCAGCCUCUCCGCCACCCUCCUACAACCCGACUUCGAGCGCCAUGUGGGUAGCAAGUACGACAAGCUAGCGAAAGACGUGGCGGACCUGGUUGUAUACUCGUCUGCGCGAGAGAAGGAGAAUGAGGGCGUCAAGGCAAUUCUGGAUUGUGCGGCAGGGAUACUGACGCAUGUUAACCAGAUGAGAGACGACCUGUAUCGGCAGUUGGAGUCCUCAAGUAGGGAUUUGAGGUGGGGGUUGAAUCCAGUUCCGAGGACACUGCGAAAUAGGAGGCAGAUGAUUGAUAUGCCGAUAAAUACGUUGGUUGUGGAGGAGGCACGGAGGCCAACUAGACGGUAG